AUGGCCUCUGAAAUCGUCCUUUUUUCUGUAAUGAUAGCUAAUAUGUUUCAAUCAAAGUUAUUCAUCCGAUUCACACUUAAUCUCGAUUGUGAGUAUAAUUUCUUAUCAUUAUUAUUGGUCUCCAAAAAGUCUAUGCAUGUAUAUAUAGUAAAAGAAAAGAAAGAUUUUGUUCUUAUUAAAUUACUCCAAAUCAGCUCCAUGGACCAUGUCAUUGAAGUAAACCAGCUGCUUGUGAUUUGGAUGCUUCAUGAUAUGUACAUUGAUCGGCAUAUAACUGGAUGGUAUAUACCAAUCCUAAGGGUUAGUGCUUACAUUUUGGACAGUACACUACAGCAACGAUAUUUUAGAGUUCUGCGUAUCUUGAUACUCGAUAAACCAAUGAUUAUUGAGUCGACAUUUAUCGACAUAAACUACAAGAAGACAAGGUUAUAUCCACUUUAUUCAAUAGAGUUUAUAGGAGAACAUGUAGUCAAAACAAAUUCUAUAGUAUCAUUUUACAAUAUUAUUAAGAAGUUGCAAGGAGCCAAAAUUACAAGAUUAGAUCAUUUUUACGAGAAUAUACUUACUUUGAGUGAAUACGAUUGGACCAAUUAA